CAUUUCCCCAUCCCCCAUUAUAUAUAACUCUUAAUCCACUGAAGAGCUUUCAUAGCUUCUUGUCCUGCUCCUCGCACCAUUAAUUUGCAGAGUAAAGAAGAAGAAGAAGAAGAAGAAGAAGCAAAUAGAUCAGAAAGUGAGAUAGAUACAGUUCUGUUCUGUCAACUGUACACGUUUUUAAGAAAAAUGGUGAGAGCUCCAUGCUGCGAGAAGAUGGGGCUAAAGAAGGGGCCAUGGACUGCAGAGGAGGACCAGAUUCUGAUCUCUUAUAUACAAAACCAUGGCCAUGGAAACUGGAGAGCUCUCCCAAAGCUAGCUGGAUUGUUGAGGUGUGGGAAGAGUUGCAGACUUCGGUGGACGAAUUAUCUCAGACCUGAUAUUAAAAGAGGGAACUUUACCAGGGAAGAAGAGGAUGCAAUCAUUAACUUGCAUCAAAUGCUGGGAAACAGAUGGUCUGCAAUUGCAGCGAAGCUACCUGGUAGAACAGAUAAUGAGAUCAAAAACGUAUGGCACACUCAUCUGAAGAAAAGAUUAACGAGAACCGAUAAAGAGACCGGACAAGAACGAAUCAGAAAAACUCAAAUAGAACCAAAGGAAGAGAUGCCCACACAAUCAUACAGCAGCACUCCAGAACCAUCUUCUUCCUCCAGUACUGUAGACAACAGUCAGAACUCCAUGGAAUCUUUCAGCCAUGAAGCUGAAGCCCAAGGGAUCGAUGAGAGCUUCUGGACUGAAGUGCUGAAAAUGGAUAGUAAUGAUGAGUAUUACUGUAACUCGUCGGAUUCAAUGGCGAUGGAAGGAUUUAAUUCCUCUGAUUUCAGUUAUGACAAAUUUUGGCUGUCAGCUGGCGUGAGAGAAGAGGAUGAUGAUUUGAGUUUUUGGUUGAGGAUCUUUCUGCAAGCUGAAGAAUUUCCACAGAUUUGAAGGGCUUGGCUUGGGGAAAAGAAAAAAAACAUAUUUUUUUAGAAUCGGUGGUUGAUUUGUAACGAGAAAAAUUUAAU